UGCGCAGUGGGGGUCAGCUGACAGUUGUGACCAACCAACGGGUGUAACAUCUCAACUGAAGAGCCACUGAACGGAGAAAACAGCCUCCCUCUGUCUAUAAUAACCGUAUCAGCCGCGGAGAACCGGAUAGCCGUUACCCCCCGAUACCUGGACACGUCCUCCCGCCUCCAGCAGGAUGAGUGUUGGCGCUCCGAGAGGCCUGGCCAGCUCGGGGCAGAAGCCCAUCGCGGAGAUCCUCCACCCGCUGUCCGCCGCCGAGGAGCCGCUCUCCGUCUCCGUCACCGUCAACGUCGAAGGGGACAAGGAAGCGGGGCUGACCAACGGCACGCCGGUCGAGACGUCGAGUCCCGCCUCCACGUCCUCGCUGUUCAACAGGCUGCAGCUGGACGACGACCUGGAAGCAGAUGUCCGCGACCCCUACACAGAAAGCACAGAGACGCGUGACCUUUUUGUCACAGUCGAUGACCCAAAGAAGCACGUCUCCACCAUGGAGACCUACAUCACCUACAGAGUCUCCACCAAGGUGGAUCCUCUGCUGCGCCCUCACUGCCGUCUGCCAACAACACGGGUAGAGUUUGAUCUACCGGAGUACUGCGUGCGGCGGCGCUACCAGGACUUUGACUGGCUGAGGAUCAAGUUGGAGGACAGCCAGCCGACCCACCUCAUCCCUCCGUUGCCAGAGAAGUUCGUGAUGAAGGGCGUGGUGGAUCGUUUUUCGGAGGAGUUUGUGGAGACGAGGAUGAAAGCUCUGGAUAAGUUCCUUAAGCGAGUUGCCGAUCACCCCGUCCUCUCCUUCAACCCUCAUCUAAACGCUUUCCUAACUGCCAAGGACCUGAACAAGCGUCAGGGUCUGGCCCUGCUGACCAAGGUGGGAGAGUCGGUGAAGCACGUGGCCGGAGGCUACAAGCUGCGGGCGCGGCCGGCCGAGUUCUGCGCCAUGGGAGAAUACCUGGACACCUUCAACCAGAAACUGGGAACCAUCGACCGCAUCGCUCAGAGGAUCCUCAAAGAGCAGUCAGAGUACCUGACCGAGCUGCGUGAGUACGGCACCGUGUACUCCAGCUGGGUGGGGUCGGAGGAAGAGCUGCGGCGCCCCCUUGAGGGCGUGGCCGGCUGCGUGACGACGUGCUGCGGAGCGCUGGAGGACCUCGGUGAGAACAUGAGCCAGGACUUCCUGCCGGUACUCCGAGAGUAUGUCCUCUACAUCGAGUCCAUGAAGAAUGUUUUGAGGAAGCGAGACCAGAGCCAGGCGGAGUACGAGGGCCGACUAGAAGCGGCCAUAUUGCGCAAACAGGAGGACAGAACGCCAAUGCCGCUGGAGGUAGAGAAAUGCCAGGACAAAGUGGAGUGUUUCAACGCUGACCUGAAGGCAGACUGGGAGCGCUGGCAGAGCAACAAGAGACAAGACUUCAAGCAGCUUCUCACCGGCAUGGCCGACAAAAACAUCAACAACUACGAAAAGUGCCAGGCAUCAUGGGAGUCACUCAUAACUCUCCUCCAGGACAAACAGACUGAGGACAAAAUGAGCGAGACGAACUGAAACAUCUCCUCGUGUCUCUCUCCCUCUCUGUACAACACGCUCUCUCAUGCCAAGAGAAGAAGAAAAAAAAGGACGAACCCGGGCUGCAGAUUUGCACUGCAGGACUUUGCCCCUGUUGGCCUGUGAGGUGAUUAUACGGAGGGUAGUCGUCCCUCGCGGACAUUUGACCUGCGAAGGAGGUAACAAUUGGUACAUUCAAGGACAGCUGGGAAAGCGGAGAGACUAUGUACAGACAUUUUCCUUUGUUGUUGUUUUUGUCGCCGUUUUAUUGACUUUUUCUACUUAAUAUUUCCAUAUAACUGUCGGUUGCCAAUGUGUUUAUUUAACCGCUGUUUUCUGUCUGUUCUCUCCACGUUCACGUUGAGCCAAAUGUGAAGGAUAACUCUUCAGCGCUGCAGAUAAAAAGAUUAGAUCAUAAUAUAUGAAGUAUUGAGAGCAUCCCCAUGAUUUCUUUUUUUUCUUCCUGUCAGGUUGUAAAACUCUUCUGAAAAUAUAACACUGCAACAAGACUUAUGACAUGCUAAGGACCAUACCCGUUGUUUUCUUAUUUCUUAUUCUCCCUGCAACCAUUUGUUAUUAUGGAAAUCAACUUGGAGAGACUUGAAUCUAGCUGGAGCAUCAGAGCUUCAUGACACAUCCUUUUUGUUCAACCUAAAACUAAAGCGCAGGAUGUGUAACGUCAACUGUCAGAGCGAGACGUCGGUAAAAGACUGAUCGUUCUUGAAAGGGAAACUUUAGGAUUUAUUAUUGAUCUGCAUCCUUACAGAUAAAUAGACACAAAGCAAAGCUGCAUUUCAGAGUGAUGAAACAAGCGCGGGUGUCCCGGUUGAAUGUUGAGCUUUAUCAGGGAGGUGAUUUUUGCACAUGCACAGCAGAUUUGUUCAUAACAUCUGUGUUUUGAGUGCAGUGUAGCAGCAUCACCUGGUGGUUAAGAUGAUAAUAGUUUUCAUUCUUAUGACAGUGGUGGCUUUAACAGUGUGCUCCGUCUGUUGGUUUCUCUUUGACAUAACAUGUUUGUUUUUUAGCCUAGUCAUUUGAACACGCAGUCGUGAUUUCACAUUUCUUCUUCAAACAAAGACUUUCACUCAGAUGAAGACUAUAAAUGGAACGGUCAGAAUUCUCCAAUGAAAAGCACAAAGAGGAAAUUGAAGGUGUUAUUUAUUCUCUUUAAACAAAGGAAAAUAAUCGGGUCAAAACUUUUUUUAACAUCAAAUGUCAUUUUCUUGCAGUAGUCUGCCACAGUGACACUCAUUAAGAGAACAUUUUUUUUUUAAAGAAACAAACACUGCAUUGUGCCAUUUUAAAAAAUGAGGGUGGGGGGGGGGUAAAAGUUCUGCACUCUUUAAGAAGAAUGAGUCUCACAGGCUGCAUAUCCCCUGAAUAACCUUUUAGAAAAGAGGUUAGAGCUGUCUGUUUAAGUUGAAAUAGGUUCUUAAACUUGCUGAUGCCGCUGGCGUACAGGGGAACAAGGAGCACUGAGGCUUCUGGGAAAUCUCUGCUGUGUCAUAUAAACACCUGAGGAAUUGGAUAAACCAACACUCAAAGGAGUUUUUGUGAAAGCUCUUCAGGUCAGAGCCAGACAUUGCAAAAAAAGCUACAUUCUGAGUAAUACACCCUUUACUUUAAAAGCUCUAGUUUGUUUUAAUGAUGCAGUAAUGUGGAAAUUAUUUUCAGUUUGGUUCUCACAGCGCAGUGUUGCAAUAUGGCCUCUUCUCUCAGCCGUGAUUCAUAGGAAACCUUUUCCCCUUUUUCAGAUGCAGUAGUACUGCAGCACGUACGACCAACAGCAUUUCUGUGUCACACUUGGCUCAAAAUGUUGCUGAUGCCUUAAAGGAAAGAAAUCCAUUCUGAGAGAUUCUGUUAUACGUCAAUGCUUAACCUUUAGUUGAACCCGCUUUUCAAUCACACAGGAUAGAUGCAGCGUGCUGAGAGUUUAUCUAUAUUCCUAAUAUCCUGGCUAAUUUAAAUUGACUUUCUCCUCUCUGUCCUCAGCUGUACUGCUCGCUCAUUACACUCAGCAUGAAGUAUAGAAAACAUACCAAUCCUGACCAGGGCAGAUAUCCUCCCAGAACCACAUUUACAAAGACAAUGAUUUUAACUUUGGUUCAUUUCCUUGCACUACAAAACUGUUAUUUUUUUACAACAAAUGUCCUAAUUUCUCUUUUGAUAAAGAGUUUCUUUAGCGUAAAGUCAUUUGUUUCAGAAAUGAGGUGCUGAUUUGACUUUCGGGAUUGGCUCCUAGAUGCUCCUGUGUUUUAGUUGUUUCUUUUUAGAUGUCCUUUUGUCAGAUUGUCUUUGAAUGGCCCUUGCCCUGAUUGUAUAGGCUGAUGUCACAUUACUGAACAAGCCAUCAAAUGUGAGUGCUGCAAGACAGCUGUGAGAGGAAGAACCUGCGGCUGCUUGCAAACUGGUUUUAGUACUUUGUCAGUUCUCUUUUUAUUCUUCCCUCAUGCUUUUCCUCUUGAGCUUUAAAAAGCACGACGCUGAUUCUGUUUCUUCUGACCAGAAGUCAGCAAGGUGACGCAUGAAGAGAAUUUUUAUUCAGGCAUUUUGAAUGCAGCCAGCAAGAUGGAGAGAAGCUUUCUGAGUCACUGCAUUCCAGUGUCGAGGCAGCCACAGCGGACAGCACCACAGAUGCACUGAUGCUAAACUACUGUAUUUGUUUCGACAUAUUAAAAUCCACCACAAAGAGGUGUUCACAAAUCUAAACAAAGCUUCGCCUGUUUCUCUCACAUAAACAAUAGAAGAAGACUUACAUUUGUAUCUUCAAACUACCACUUUAAAAGAGCAGUUCCUCACUAAUUAAGGUUUUGCUUCUACAUUGUCGAUCCUUUGUAUUUCUAUAAUUAUCAAAAUGUAUAUAAACAUGCUCCAAAGUAUACAGAUUAAAUCCCUUUUUAAUUCGAUUAGCAACAACAGGAAAAGGCAACACUAUCGGGCACAGUUCAGGGUACCCUGUAGAGUUUUUGAGUUUAAGAAAAAGUGAAUGUAAACAUACAUUUGAAAGAAAACUCUACUGGGAACAUUUAAACCAGGUUGUUUUAUCAGACUGUAGCAUUUGUGCAUCUGUGACUUUCCUGCUGUAUGGUGUGUAGAUGAAGUAACUCGGGAUCAUUCAUAAUGGCAAUAUACUGUAUAAUAAUAAUAAUAAUAAUAUACCCCAAUGUACAGCUGAAUUAUAUGGUACAGCUGAGUCUAUUUUUGUAUAAAAGAAGCAGGUGAUCAUUGUUAGGAUUGUGAAGAUUACAAUAACACAUUUCAGAAGAGAUUCUUAGAGAUUUGCAUAACCAAAAUAUGAAGAAUUCAACUUUUUAUUUUUUAUUUUCGAUGCUUAUUGGAACCCCAAAAAUUGACUUCUUCUUACUCAUAGCCGUUGUAAAAUCCCCAUCUUAUACUGUGUGCCUGCUGAAUUAUUUUUGCACUAUAUGUAUAUGUAGCUCCAACUCCUGGCUGAUAUGUCUGCGGAAAACAAAUUCCAACAAAAAACCUAAUUCGCUUUCUUUCAGUUGCCAAAAAUAAUAAUGAGUAGUCUGGUGUCGAUCUGUAAUUUUAAGGCAUCGGUAUCGUUUGCAAAGCUGAUUGAUGGUUAAAUCCCCAAACGGGGACGAUGAAGGCUGACACUGUAAGAGCCUCUACUGAAGGGAAAGUAAGAUAUGUCAUUUUUCUUUUUCUUUUUUGUACAAAUCAAAUGUUUCUAAGCCAAAUGUCCCCGUCUUUUCCACAGGUUUUAGAUUCACACAGGAAGAGAAAAUCUGAUUUGCAGCGCAGGAUAAACCUGAUCAAUCAAACCGGUAUGAAAGGUUAAAAAUCAGACGACGUAUGAACGUGUGAAUCUAGCUUCAGUCUUUUCAUUUCUGUUCCUCCCCAGUGUGUACUGUUUACGUUCAGUCAUUUGAAUGUUAAUAACAUAUUGUUGUAAUUAUAAAUAAGCUUGUAUAUUGAUGUCGUUUUGAUGCAAUUUAUCUUUACCUCAAAAGAUUGUUUUGGAUAUAUUGGACCAAUAAUAAAAAGAAAGAAUGCGUUUGAUA